AUGGAAGGACAAGUAUGCCCAGAGAAGAUUUGGACAGACAUUGGAGUCACGUUCACAAUGGGCAGCACACUGUCUACACUGGCCAAUACAUUUAAAGGUGUGAGGAAUGCACCAAGAGGAGAGAAGGCAAUGGGAGCAUUCUCACUGAUCAGAAAGAACGCACCAAAGAUGGGCGGUGCGUUCGCCGUCUGGGGCACACU